AUGGAGGCCGAUCAAUAUAAUGGGAAGACUGUACUUGUUAUUAACCAUACACACAUGGUUAGCUGUUUCGCCGGAGAUGAAUUAAACUUGGAUACCGGAGUUAAAUUUGUAAACACAAAAGUGAUAUUUCAGAAGUCAAUUUGGAGCAACCUUGUUGAAGCCGUUAUACAGUACUGUCGUGUUGUAUUUGAUAUAUUUUCUACCGAAAAACCUAUAUCUAUAGUAACCUUUGAUGAUGAGGAAAAGAUUCACUCCAUAUGGCUAAAUGAGGAUCAAAAUUUGGAUACAAUAUGGAACAUAUUUUCUCAGGAAGGUCCACCGAAGAUCUCUUCACUCAAUUUUCUUGAACGGGGUUCACUUCCAGGUUUAUCUUCAGCCUCUCAUCUCUUACAAAUGCUAACGCCACGUCAGAAGGAAAUUAAUUCUGGCGAGAACAAAGGCAGAGUAGUUGUCUUAAGCAUGUCUAUGGGUAAUAAAGUUUUGUCUUGGAUUCCGGAUAUUUUAUCGUCUUUAGAGAAGCCUAUCGACACACCCGAUCAUAUGGAUGUUACUUCAAGUGAAUGGGUUUUUGUUGACCUGUUUCCAGCUUCUGAAUUCUCAGCAGAUCUAAAUGGACUAUACCCUGAGCAAUUAGAGCUACCUAAUAAUAUAGAUCCGAAUACCCGACAUCGUUUUUUCUAUCAUAAACUUCUAGCUACCAGCCAAGAGUUGUAUCAGGGUUUAAUGCGUCUUGCAGAAUGUCAUUACAAUCUUUCAAGUACACUUGUUCAAGAUAUUCCCAUGAAGGAGGAAGCUAAUGUUAAUUCUGGUAGUUCAAUGUAUGGCGUCGAAAUUCUGCAUCGAGCUGAGGUACACGACAUGUUAAAACGUCGGGGUAUUUACGAGAAAUUAUUAGUACGUACAGAUAGUGAAAACAAUAAGUCCAUAUCACGACCACACUCUGGAUUUUCGAAAACUUUGGGCAUAAAAUGGGUUACGCCGAAGACCUCGGAUACUAAUUUCCUGCGCUUUGCCGUCGCAACAUACAGAGUAACUUUAGCAGAUGUUUGCCAUAGAGCAUCUACUUGCUUAGCUCAAUUUGUUUUAGGAGGUCGGUCUGUUGCGUUGGCUCAUCGUCUACAGUCUUCAUUCCCAGCGUUACCUAAUGAUUCUAACUUAUUAACAUCUUGUUCAACGGAUGAAGCUCUUCUACUCACUUGUCAUGGAUCCGUAAUGUAUAUACAUGUUUUAGGAACAAUUUUCCCAAUGACUCAUCCCCAGAAUAUUCCUUUAACUUCUAAUCCUAAUGUGACCCCGGGAGAUUAUCGUAUACAAGCCUUCAUUGAUCAAAUCUUACGCCCUUCUCGUCUGGCUCCGGCAUCAGCUAGAUUAAAUUAUUCAGUGUUUCCCAAAGAACGAGCCCAACAACAUAUUGAACGUCAAACACGGUAUUGGCCACUUAUGGAAUCUCAAACAUUACUGGACAAAACUAAGCUAGCUGCUCCAAUAUUUGAAAAUUUACCAAAAGAAUACCUUGAACCUAGUGAAAUAUCUGCCUGUGAAGAAUCUAUAGUGAAUAUUGUAAACUCUAUUAAACAGUACGUUUGCCUGUCCGAUUCUAGAAAGAACUCUUCUAAACGAGGAUCAUCAUCUGGAACUUUGCCUGUUGCACCUGUACUUCAAGCAGAAGCAAUUGUAAUGGCAACUGAAUUCGAUUAUAUUCUUUCCUUAUAUAGUGAUAUAUCAACUGAACAUGAACAAAUUCGAAAUUAUUGGAUACAAACUAUAAGUUCAUCAAAAACUAAUGACACAUUAAAUGGACUAAAUCGUUUGUCAAAUGAAAAUGAAUUUAAUUCAUUAAAUCUCACAGAAAUGAUUCGUCUAGCUAAAACAAUAGCAUAUGAUCAAACGAAUAUUGUUAAUUCUACCAUUCCUUUAGCACUUAUAAAAAUUAUGAAAAGUUUAACAGUUCUAUGUGAACGUCUCCAUAGGCAUACAGAUUCUCAUGAUUCCAAAUGUAUCACUACGCAAAUAAAUCAAAGGUAUGUGUGGUUUAUUUAAUUUUUACUAGUUUGAUACCAGUUUCAAAUUUAUUUUGUAUUAUAGUAACUAAUUUGGUAUAGUAUCAAAAUUAAAAACCAUAUUAAUCAGAUAUUAGUUUAUUUGGUAUACAAAAAGGUUGACAUGUUUUGCAAAAGCCUAUCUAAAUUACUUUCAUAAUUGGAGUUCUGAAAUUGAAUGAUUUUUUUUGGAUAAUCAAUUAAUAUCAGUAGUAUAUAAACCUGUGUAUGAUUGGUGGAUUGUCGGUGAAUCAAAAGCUACAUAUAUGAUGAGUUUAAUGUGAGCCUAUACACUGUUUUUGUUAGCUUAAUGAAGUUCAUCAAAAUCGGUCAGUCAUAAUCGGUAAACAGCCUGACGGAGAUGGGAAUGGCUAAGUCGUCAUGCUAACUUAGCACUAUAAGAUAAAAUUAACAAGAUGAAUAAUAAAGCAGCCGGAAUUACUGCAGUAACAUUGACAGUCAGAAAGACUAAACACUGAGAAUAUGGUUCGAGAAGAUGGAGUCUAAAGGUAUGUCUGAUGGGGUAAUAAAACUCAAAAUGUCGAAGAAUAGUGAAUGCAUUUGACCCAUUGUGUCCAAUUACAAGUAAUGUUACUCAAUCACUGGUCGUGCGGAACCUAACCAGGUAAUUCGUAUCUAUCAUGAUUUUAAUCCAUGGUCAAUGACUUCGUGAACUGAUACUUAUCUUCAUUUUGAUCAUCUGUCAGUUUACUUCCAAGUUUUCUAGGCAACGUUGCACAUCACUAAAAUAUCAACUACGUUUUUCAUUCGAAGUAUGAAGGUAAAUGUCAUUUUGUACUUUUUGAUUAGUUCAGACGUCAGACUAACCAGAUUUGUACUGCAGUUCUAAGUGGCUGAUUUUUAGUAAUCCACAUAGAAUAUAUAAUAUUGUUUCGUAUGUUAUAGUGUUAAUACCACUUCUUAGUUACUGUCGUAAUAAAAUUAUGCAUAGGGUAGAUAGGUGAACAAUUGAACAAUUACUAUUUUCUCUUAUAGUACAAUCCUUUUUUUCUUAUUCACAUUUAGAUCUGCAUGUAACCCGGUGCAAUCGCCCAAGAUGAUGGCAAUAGUUGAACCUGCUGAUCGAACAAAUUUCAUUGAUCGUUUAAAAUCUGCAAAACGUCGACGUGUACAAACGCAGAAAUUAGAUUUUGUUGGUGUACUUACUGCAGAUUCUAAAGGUUUAUGUCAAUUGUACAAAGGUUUAAAAGAUAAAGAAAAAUCCAAUGCUUAGUUGUUUUCUGUUUGCUUUAUUUAAAACAAGCAGCAUAUUUUCA